AUGCGCUUGGAUAUUGGAAUCGCACGUGACUCUACUGCAUUGACCUUGAUGAGUGUAGAUGUCGAGCGCAUCAGCUCGGGUCUUCAAUAUGUUCAUGAAGUCUGGGCCAGCCCUAUUGACAUCGGCCUCGCGUUAUGGUUGUUAGAGCGGCAACUGGGUCUAGCAGUCGUCGCAUUUGCCUCCAUAUUCAUCGUGUGUACUCUCCUUCGACUUGGGGUGGCGACCACCAUGGGGGAGCGGCAGCAACGCUGGCUCCAGGCCAUCCAGAACAGAUUACAGUCGACAUCAGAAAUGCUAAAGAACAUGAAGGAGGUAAGAUUAGGUGGGUUACAGGAGUUGAUGGCCGAGAAGCUUCGAGGUCUGCGGGAAAAGGAGGUGUCCCAGUCGACCGACCCCAUUCAAGCGAGCGUUGACUCUGAUUGUCACCUUUUCCUGUUGGCGAAACGAAAUGGUUCUCCCACGCUAAAAUACGACAAGGCCUACACCGCUUUAUCCCUAUUUGCGCUCCUGCAGUCACCUAUGGCCCUCAUUUUAGAUGCAAUUGCAAGGUUGGCCAGCACCUUGGGUGCCGUGGCUCGCAUUGGCGAGUAUUUAUCCAAGCCUACUGGAACCUGCGGCGAAAGUAGCCGACUGUGUAGUCCAACAGCCCUUUCAUCCGCCCUCCUAGAUGAAAAAGCACAGCCAACCAUGCUCAGAGCUCAGGGAUUCAGUGCCGGCUGGGACUCUGAAAGAUCUAUGGUCCUGAAUGAUCUGAACUUCGAGAUUCGGCCGUCCACUAUCAACUUUGUGGUUGGCCCAGUUGCCUGUGGCAAGUCUACGCUGUUGCUAGCCAUUCUAUGGGAAGUCGGGCAUCACGAUGGCCGGCUAGAAGUGCCCGUUCCUCGUAUAGGCUACUGCAGUCAGACUCCGUGGAUCACCAAUGCCACCAUUAGACGCAACAUUCUGGGUACCAGUGUGUAUAACCAGCCGUGGUAUGACAAAGUGAUUGGAAUGUGUCUCCUCCAAGAUGACAUCGACGGAUUUCCUCACGGGGACCAGGAAUGGGUCGGGAACAGCGGUAUGACUCUGAGUGGUGGCCAAAGGGCUCGAUUGGCAAUUGCACGUGCAGUCUAUGCUCAGGAAAACCUUCUAUUGCUUGAUGAUGUCUCCAGCGGACUUGACGGAAAGACCGAGGAGUACCUGUUUCAUAAUUUGUUCGGGCCCGAUGGGCUUCUGAAGGAAUCAGGGACUACCGUCAUCAUAGCUACUCAUGCUGUACAACGUCUGGCAUAUGCGGACCAAAUCAUCAUUCUGGACUCAAAAGGUCACAUUGCAGACGAAGGCGCUUCUAGCAAGGUUAUCGCGAUUGCCAAGGAAAUGGUGUUUAGCGCCUCAAAGAAGGACCAAAGUGCUGAACCAUCUAACAGUAAUGGCCUGGAUAUCUCCAGGAUUUUAUCGGCAGAGGAAGGGCCGACAGGGGAAGAUCGACGAACCGGUGACACAGCUGUCUACAACUACUACAUCCAGACAGUUCACCCUUUCAGCGCCUCGAUAUUUUUUGUUGCCUGCACUGUCUUCGCCGUGGGACUUACCCUACCACAAUUUAUGGUCAAAUGGUGGCUUGAGCGGGGUGAUCAAUACACUGUCACCCAUAUGGGCACGUAUCUCGGCGCAUACGGUGGUCUUUCCGCAAUGGCCAUUCUCUCACUACCUGUCGCAGUCUGGCACCUCACCGAGCGAAUGCUGCCACGGGCCUCAAUGCGAUUCCAUGCCUCUCUCCUAACCACCGUCCUUCAAGCACCGUUGCAAUUUUUCUCGACCACUGAUGUCGGCACGACUCUGAAUCGCUUCGCACAGGAUCUCCAAUUGUCGGAUAUGGAACUGCCGCUAGCCCUCUUUAACACUACGGUGGAAUUAUUACUAUGUACAGCUAACCUGAUCAUCAUUGCAAUCACCUCGAAAUGGAUCGGCAUUGCUCUGCCGGCGCUGUUAGCGGUAUUCUACAUGAUUCAGAAAUUCUACUUGCGCACUGCCCGUCAGCUUCGACUUCUCGAUAUUGAAGCCAAGGCGCCGUUGUUUUCCACAUUCCUUGAGCUGAUAUCCGGCCUGACCACUAUCCGGGCAUUCGAGUGGCACGCGGAUUUUGACCACCGCAAUCGCAAAGUCUUUGAUCGCUCCCAAAAGCCUUUCUAUCUACUCUACUUAGCAGCGGUGGCCAUUGGCGUGCGCACCCAGGGACAGGUGGACGCUGGGUUCACGGGCAUCGCGCUUGUGAACAUCGUGCAAUUAAGUAUCAGUAUUAAGGCUUUCCUCUCUAACUGGACCAAUUUGGAAAUCUCCAUCGGUGCGGUAUCUCGCAUUCGGGCAUUUACUCUAGAUGCCCCGUUGUCGAAUUCCGAUGAAACGGGCACUGUGCUGUCUGCAGGGUGGCCUAAGAAGGGCCGGAUUGAAUUCCAAAAUGUGACAGCGCAAUAUGAAGGCUCCCUUCACCAAGUGAUUCGGAAUCUCACCCUGUCAAUUGCGCCGGGAGAGAAAAUCGCCCUCUGUGGAGCUACAGGAAGCGGUAAAUCAUCGCUCGCAACCAGCCUCUUUCGUCUCCUCAGCCCCUCCGAAGGGAGGAUUACCAUUGACGAUGUGGAUGUGUCAACUGUGGCUCGCGACACGCUGUAUAAGCGGCUAAUCUGCGUCACAAAGUCCCCUCAUCUCAUUGCAGGCUCGAUUCGCGAGAAUGUCAACCCCUUCGGCGCAACUGCAGAUGACAAGGCGAUCGAACUAGCGCUGAAAGAGGUGAAUCACUGGGACACAGUGGCUUCGCGAGGCGGGAUCCAUGCCCAACUCUCAGAGGGCCUGUUUAGUGUUGGGCAGCAACAACUGCUGUGUCUAGCGCGGGCCAUGAUCUGUCCCGGUUCGGUGGUAGUUUUGGACGAGGUCACAGCGAGUGUGGAUCAGGAGACGGACCGAGCGAUGCAAGAGAUUAUUCGCCGUCACUUUGCAUCCCGCACUGUUAUUACAAUUGCCCAUUGCAUCUCCACAAUCCUGGAUGCUGACCGGGUCGCGGUGGUAUCAGACGGGGCUAUUGUCGAACUGGGCCCUCCAGCCGAACUCCUAGCUCGAGAUCCCCCCAGUCAGUUCCGGGGCCUCUAUGAGGCGACAACCGUCUCCAACCAAUCUUCUAAAACUUCGCAGGAGAUUAUUUAG